AUGGACAGCGACAGCAGCAUCGACCAGCUCUUCCGCGGCGACAUCCAGCCGCGCGACCUGCCGCCGUGCGACGUGGAGCACCUGGACGAGAUCCUGCUCGUGCUCAAGACGUCGCACCCGACGGUGCGCUCCAAAGUGCUCAAAGACCUGGCGGACAAGGGCGGAGCGUACAUCGUCAAGUUGCUGGAUCUGUUCGACGUGAGCGAGCUGGAUGCGGACAAGGCGGUGCUGCACAAGCUGUUCGACAUUUUCUACGCGAUCCUUGAGCUGGGCAAUCGCGGCUUGAUCGAGGUGCUGCUGAGCGAGACGAACUUCAUCUCGGUAGUCGGCGUGUUCGGCUACAACCCGGGAUUAAUCCGGGAGAUGGAUUUCCGAACGGCGCUGGAAGGAGAUGGGGGAUUUCACGAGGUCGUCCCUAUCACCGAUCACAGUGUGGUGGAGCGCGUGCACAUGAACUUCCGUAUCCAGGUGAUCAAAGACAAUGUGCUGUCUCGCUCACUGCCGGAUAGCUGUGUUCUCUUGCUGGAACACAUGGCCAACGAGAACAACUUCCACAUCUUGUCCUUCAUUUCCGAGAGCGACGACUACUCGAAGGCCAUUAAGGAGCUUAUGGCUAGCAAGGAGAAAAGAAAGGAUGGCCUCGGGCUGCUGAAAGCGAUUAUCAACCUGGUGAAGGUGACUAAACCGGUGGACAGGUUACCGCAACGUCGCGACCCGUUCGGUGCCCCGCCGGUGUUUGGUUCCCUCAUUGGCAAUCUCUUUGGCGAUGGCGACCUGUUUGCGGCGUUCGCUCCUGUAUUGGGCUCUCCUGAGUCAAAGCCGGAGGAAAUCGCGUUGGCCGUGGAUAUCCUGAACGUGCUGGUGUUCUACCAGGGACCUGACAGGUUACGAACUUACCUUGCAAGCGAAGGAAAGUGUAUACCUGCACCAACCUCGGACAAGGAGCGCAUCUCGUGGACGGAGGAUUCCUCUUUAUUCACUGCAUUGCUGAUCGUUUUCGAGCGCGACGAACCGAUGCGGAUCCAGUUGUUUAAUUUGCUGCGCGAGAUUUUCCGAGUACCCCUGGCACAUGAUGACAAGUUUCUGAGUGUGCUCUACCCUAACUACAUGCACUGGCUGCUCCAACCGUUGAAGAACAACAACUUUGUUCACGAUAAAUCCGCGAUGUUUGAUCUGCAAGACAGUAUCAUGGAAUUGCUUACGUUCUGCACUGAAAAUCACGGCUACCGCGUGAAGUAUCUAUUCGGAAGACAACCGAUUGCGACCUACGCCGAGAAAAUGCUGCGAUCCAAGAACAAACUCUUCGUUAUCCACGCUGUGAAGUUUGUUCGAGCAUGUGCAGUAAGAGCUGAAGCCUUCUUUUCCAGAUUUCUGAUUCAGAACGACCUAUUCACGCCAAUGUUGGCGAAUUUGGAGAUUGGAAAACCGAACUCGGGGGCUGUCAGCUCGGCAAUUUUGGAAGUACUGGCGUUUGUUGAGAAGACAAACCUGACUUCGUUGGUCGAACACAUCUACACGAAGUUUUACGAGACAUACAAAGGCGAAUGUCCUCUUGUGUUCGAGGCCAUCCGUGUACGUCACAAUGGUAACUCUGGAUCGGCGGACGAACCGACGGAUUCUACCGAUUCCAAUAAGAUCCGCUUCGUACGGGCAGGCAGUAUUGACGACGAAGAGGAGCUGUACUGGGAGAAAGAAACAGACACAACUGAUUCCACGCCUAAAAAGGAGAAGAACAGCUUGUCAGAGGAAGAGGUACCAUGCCAGAACCGCCCACGGACAGUAAAACUGGUGGAUUAUGACGACGACGAAGAUGAACCAGCGUCUAAGACGUCAGUAAGAGAAGGGAAUCCUGGCGAAGCAGCACUCACGACAUCUCCAUGCGGAGCUGACAUUGAAGAGGAAGAACGGGAACUCAAGCUGCCUGUACGCAAGAAAAAAGAGGACGAUGUGGACACGCAAUCAUUUCUGGGUGGUGGAGGCGAUGGCGACGGUGCAAGCUCGGGGUCAGCAGCUUUGGCCGUUGCGAAGCGGAAGUUAGCGCUGGACGAGGCGGCAAACUCGGAUUCUCUGCUCAAGAAGGCGAAGACAUGUACCCCAAUCAGCUCCAGUUAG